AUGAAUAACAGUACAUGGCAGCAUCCAUAUGUCAAUAUUUUCAAACAUUUUGAUAUUGGUUCAACCAAAAAAUGUGCCAAACAAGGCGAUGUUACUGCUCUUAUGGAUCGUGAUUUAAAAUCAACUGUAUUUCGUAUACGUGGUCUUGUUCCAGCAAAUAAUUAUAUACAAUUCCCAGCACAAAUAUCAAAUCAAAAUCUUGCCUUAACAGGUCAUUUAUUUUAUGUAUUAUUUCGACCAAUAUAUGAUAAAUUUUUUUCUAUUCAUAUUGAUAUUCUCACACAUGAACAACAUGUUGUACGUAUAUCAUUAUCAAAUUUAUUUCGUGAAUUUAAAACAACACAAACAUGUAUACAAUUUCCAUAUACAUCAACAAAUACAAAUAUACAUUGGACAAUGUUAUGUUUUGAUUUAGAAUCAAUAUUAUUAACUUAUAUGACAAAUCAACAUUAUCAUAUGAUUAAAUCAUUUCAAUUAUGUGGAAAUAUGAUGGUUAAAAAUUGUUUUUCAUCUCAAUUUUUCUAUGAACCUGGAUCAUGUAAUCAUAAAAUAAAACAAAAUGGCUCAAAACUAUCUUGUAUUCGUUCAUUACCACGUGAAUUAUCAUUUCCUAUUGGUAAAGAUGAAUCAUGGCAUGAUAAAUAUGAUUUUAUCAUGAUACCAAAUUCAUCAUCAUCACCAUCAUUAAUCGAUCAGAAUUCAAAUGAAACAUUGAAUACAAUUGGAAAUGUUCAUAUACAAACAUCAAGAGAAUUAAAUAUAAAUGAUGAAUCAAUUAGUCAAUCAUUAAUAAAUUCAGCAAUUAAUACACAAAAUACAAUUUCACCAAGAGAUAAUCAGAAUAAUUGGCAAACAAAUAUUACUUCUGUCGAUGGUUUUCCAUCAUUACCUACAAUGCAUGAAUCUUCGUUACCUUUGACUUCAUCAUCACAUCAUAAUGAUGAUGGUAUUCAUCUUUUUGUUAAUCCACAAUCAAUUCCAUCGACUAAUUCAAUUCAUGAUGAUUUUAAUUUUGAUGUUGCUCUUACAACUGAUCGUUCUCAACUAUCUCAUUUACCUGAUCCAAUACUUCGUUUACGUACUGUUAUUGGUUUAGGUAAUCGUAUAAGUAAUUCAACAAAUUUAUUAUGGACACAAGAUGGUAAUUAUAUACUUUAUCCAUCAAAUGCUAUUGUCGUUCAAAUGAAUGUUGAAACUCAACAACAAUGGUUUUUUGUUGGACAUACAGAUAAAGUUAGUGCUAUUGCAUUUAAUGGAAAUUCUUCAUUAUUAGCAACAACACAAACUGGACCAAAUGGUAUUCUUCGUUUAUGGAAAUUCGAAACUCGUCGUUGUAUUUGUGUUGUUCGUGUACCAGGUACAUGUAAUUUACAUGCACUUGAUUUUGGUAUUCGAAAUUUAUCAGAUUCUUCUUCAACACUUGUUGUUGUUGGUUAUGGUGAACAACCACAACAAUCACGUACUGUCGUUUGUGUUUAUAAUACAUUAAAUGCAUCUAAAGGUUCAAUUGAAUUAAUAUGUAAAACAACAACAGAUGCUUCAAUAACACAUAUACGUUUUGUUCCAUAUGAUUCAACAAGAUUUCUUUCAAUUGGUUUGGAUAAUAUACGUUUUUGGCGUAUUAAAAAUGGUAAUGAUUUAAAAUCUAUGAGUAUAUCUGUUGAUGAUAUUGAUCAAUUAGAAUAUACAGAUUUACAAUUUGAACAUUUAUCAAAUAAUAAAUUAAAUGAAUUAAUUGUUUAUAUAUCAUCAAAAAGUGGUCAUAUACUUGAAUUAUUAUAUGAUGAAAGACGUAUUAUUAAAAUUCAUCGUUUAUUACCAAUAAAACGUUCAAAUGGUUCAACUGAUAAAAUAACAAUGGCUAAUGGACCAUCAAUUGGUAUAUGUGCAUUUACAUGUACAAGUAAUUUUUCUAUAACUGGUUCUAAUGAUGGAUAUGUUCGAGUUUGGUCAAAUGAUUUUACUCAUGUUUAUAUUGAAGCUAAACAUGAUCAAGCUAUAUGUGGUUUAAUGACAUCACAUGAUCAAACACGUGUAUUAAUUUCAACUGUAUAUGGUACACUUGGAAUAUUAAAUCUUGUUAAUAAAGAACAUAUAAAUUUAAUACGUGCACAUACACAAUAUGUAACAGAUAUUGAUUAUGAUGAUACAAGAAAACAAAUGAUUAGUGUUGGACAAGAUGGAACUAUACGAAUAUGGUGUUUUCGUACUGGUAAACAAUUAUCUGAAUUUACUGCUGAACGUGAAACACCCGUAAUUGUAACAUAUGCACCAAAUCGACAAACAUUUGCUUGUGGUUUUGAUAAUGGAACUAUUAAAGUUUUUGAAUUGAAUACAUCGAUUAUAUCAGCUGAAAUUACGUAA